AAGAUGUCUGUGGAGCUGGAGACAUUGGAGGGACUGGAUGAGUCAGAGAAAGAGCAGGCUGGUGCUGCUGAGGAGAGCCAGGCCAGGAUAUCUGACCUCUCGGAACUCCUGAAGGAAGGGACCAAGGAAGCACAUGACUGGGCAGAAAACACCCAGUUUGUCAAAGACUUCUUGAGAGGCAACAUCAAGAAGGAGCUCUUUAAGCUGGCCACCACUGCACUUUACUUUACAUACUCGGCCCUCGAGGAGGAAAUGGAGCACAACAAGGACCAUCCAGCCUUCGCCCCCUUAUACUUUCCCUUGGAACUUCACCGGAAGGAGGCGCUGACCAAGGACAUGAAGUACUUCUUUGGUGAGAACUGGGAGGAGCAGGUGCAGUGCUCUGAGGCUGUGCAGAAGUACGUGGACCGGAUCCACUAUGUGGGGCAGCAUGAGCCAGAGCUGCUGGUGGCUCACGCCUAUACCCGCUAUAUGGGGGACCUCUCAGGGGGCCAAGUGCUGAAGAAGGUGGCCCAGCGGGCUCUCAGGCUCCCCAGCACCGGGGAGGGGACUCAGUUCUACUUCUUUGAGAAUGUGGACAAUGCCCAGCAGUUCAAACAGUUGUACCGAGCCCGCAUGAAUGCCCUGGACCUGACCCUGAAGACCAAAGAGAAGAUUGUGGAGGAGGCCAACAAGGCCUUUGAGUUCAACAUGCAGGUGUUCACUGAAUUGGACCAGGCUGGCUCCAUGCUGGCUGGAGAGGCUCCUGAAGGCCUGGCAGAUGGGGCUCCCAUGCAUGACGGGAAAGGAGACAUGCGAAAAUGCCCCUACUAUGCUGUGAAGCAAGACAUAGGUGCCCUGGAGGGCAGCAACUGCCCCUUCCAAACAGCUAGGGUCACGCUGAGGAUGCCCAGCCUCCAGUUCAUCCUCGCUGCCAGCAUGGCCCUGGUGGCCGGACUGCUAGCCUGGUACUAUCUGUGA